AUGGCUCCUCCAUUCUUCUCAGACAUCUCCAAGAAUAUUAAUGGGUUGUUGAACAGCGAUUUCUUUCACGGGACUCCCGCUGCGAUCGACGUUAAAACGACAGCGCCAAAUGGGGUUGCAUUUACAGUCAAAGGUAAGACAUCACCAAAAGAUGGAUCUUUGGCGGCUAAUGUUGAGGCCAGGGUUUCGGAUAAGGCUACCGGGUUGACGCUGACCCAGGGGUGGUCGUCGGCAAAUUUGUUGGACACCAAGAUCGAGCUGGCUGACAUUACGCCAGGGUUAAAGGCUGCGUUGGUUAGUUCUACUGUUCCUGGGUCGUCUAAUGCAGCUAAGUUGAACUUGACGUUUUUGCAGCCUGGGUUCAGUGCGCGUGGUUUUUUUGAUUUAUUGAAGGGACCAUCAUUUGUUGGGGAUUUGACUUUGGCACAUGAAGGGUUUGUUGGUGGUGCGGAGGUUGGUUACGAUAUUGCGGAUGCUACGGUUUCCAGAUACGCGGUUGCUCUGGGGUACUCUGCAGGGUUGUACUCUGUUGCGUUGUCUGUCAACAAUGCUCAAAUGACCACCGCGUCGUUCUUCCAGACAGUUAGUCCUGUGUUGGAGGUUGGUGCUAAGGCAGCUCUAAACCCAGCGACGGGUUCUAAGGUGAACAUUGAAUUUGCUACCAGAUAUGCGUUGGAUCCCUUUUCUCAAGUCAAGGCCAAGAUAGCUGAUUCUGGUAUUGUCGCGUUGGCUUAUAAGCAGCAAUUGAGACCCGGUGUCAACUUGGGUGUCGGAGCUUCGUUCGAUGCCUUGAAACUGGCUGAACCAGUGCACAAGCUGGGCUGGUCGUUGUCUUUCUCAGCAUGA